CACAGAGAGGCUGCAGCGACUUAUUUAUUCUUCAGUUAUUUCACUCCCUUCCUCGCCACAACAAGUCACCUGGAUUUAAACAAACAAAUAAACAAAACAAAUAAUAAAAUAUCUUUCUCGACGUGCACUACAACGGAAGUGAAAAAAGACAAGAGAGGGGAACAGGAGAUAAAACAGAAGAGACAUGGGAGCGUUCAGAGUGCUGCUGGGGAGUUUACAUUACAUGGGACUCUACAUGCAACUUAGUGUCUCCACAAGGCACGCUGGACACGGCGAGGUGGAGAACCACAUCUCUGGGAACGCCAUGUUCACAGAGGUGCCUCAUGAUAUGACUGCUCAGAGCGGUCAGGAUGUGGAGAUGGCCUGCUCCUUCAGAGGGGCGGGGACGCCUUCGUAUUCCCUUGAGAUCCAGUGGUGGUACAUCAGGAACCAUCUGGACUGGACGGAUAGACAGCCCUGGACAACCAAUGAGGUGGCUCCUGAUGAGGAGACGCCAAAGGAUGCCACAAAAAUAAGUGUUGUUAAGGUUGUAGGAAGCAACAUCUCACACAAACUCCGACUCUCCCGGGUCAAGACGUCAGACGAGGGCACCUACGAGUGCCGCGUCAUCGACUUCAGUGAUGACGUGGGCUCCCGCCACCACCGCGUCAGAGCUUACCUGCAGGUGGUGCCAGAGAGCGAUGUCAGUGAGGGUACUCAUAGCGACAACUUCGAAGCCCUUGAUGACACCAAGGGAGGCGCUGCAUUUGUGGACGGGGACGAGUCCCACGGCGGCGCCAAGGAGCAUGUCCAUCACCAGAGUCACGGGCACCACCAGGAGCACGGCAAGCGGCCAUCGUCAUCGGCACACCAAGGCCACAGCCACAGCGGCAGCACUCAGCAGCACAAGGCGGGCAGAGAGCUGAGGAAGAGGGACGUGGACAGGAACCUCAGCCAAAAUGACUGCACCAACGAGCCAAGCUGCACGCUGUAGACAUUCGGCUUAUUACACCCAAGUGAUAGAUUACACAAGGAUUGCAUUACAUGAUGUGUGUCACCGCAUAAAAAGCUAUUCUUCCCACACAGUAGGAGCGUGUGCACAAAUCCAGAAUGCCUAGAAAGGGCUUAUUUAGAGCACGGUGAUUUAAACUGUUCUGGGGAAUGUAGCUUUUUCUUGCUGUGCAUGGGACUGCUUCACGACAUUCAAGAUGGGCUGAUGUGUAGAUCUAAGCAGCUCCAUUGUUUCUGGCCUCAGCACUUAUUUAAAAAAAAGACUUACUAUAACUCAUGCUUUGUUCGACUCUUGUACUUAAGAUACUGUAAAUGACACAACCCUGCUUUCAGGCUCAUUCUUCUUCCACUGCCUUACUCUUUCGUUUAACACCCUCAGUAAAAAAGGAUAAUAUUAAUAAUACUUUUUCCAACUGGGUCUAUGCCCAGUAAAAAAAAAAAUGCUCCUUUUCUUCUGAGAGUGCACUGAAUGAAACUAAACCGCCAGUAAUUUUCCCUGGAAAUCUUUUUCCGAGUCUGAUUCCUUACGGUUUUUACAUUCAUCUGAUAUUUUUGUGUUUCAAACAACGAACACUAAUCUGUAUGCACCUGAUUCUUCAGCAAUGUAUUCUGUGUUUAUUCGCAGGCGGGAAGAAACAUGCUUUCUUCAGCAGAAACUCAUCAAGGUCCCAGAGCAGCAGCGCUCAUCAAGGACAGAUACAGCCUCAAUUCAUUUGCGUUGGAGUGUGGGAUUUCUAACAAAGCACAUCACUGUAUAUUCCCCUUUUGAGCUCAUGAAUCUGCAGCCCAACAGAAAAUGUGAUUUUUGUUCACUGCUUCCGCAGGUUGAAUCCAUUCAUGGCCGUUCAGGCUGAGAGAAAUCAAUCACGGGGAAGAUUAACAGUUUGGAAAGCCAUGAAAAGAUCCAAAUCUGUGCUACUAAAUUAAAAAAUCUGACUUGGUGUGCCUCUGAAUACACUCUUUUUUUGUCUAGAAAUCAAUUAAAAAGUCAUCUUUUUUGGGAAGAGUAUUGCUAUAUUCCUAUCCAAGCUUAAUGCCCUUAUUACAAAUACUCAUCAAUCAUUUAAAAAGCCUCUAUCCUCUCCACUAGCCUCUAAUCCACUCUGUACAUAUGACUGUAUAAUAUGAAAUAAAGUGAGUGCAUGUUCAGUAAUUUUCUUAAAAACUUUUUCAACCAACCAUUCACAAAGACAGUUAGGAUACUUUUUAUCAUUUAUGUUUUCGGUUAAUUAAAAGAAAAUCCAUUAAUUCUUUUCUACUUUAAAGUCCUUUCAAAUUGUUUUUAAAAGCAGUUUUCUGUUGCUUUACCGCUCUCCAGAAGUGCUGUACAGAACGAUGAAUGACAUUCUUUUCAUAGCUGCACAGAAAGGGGUCCCCCUUAUGUAUCUUAGUACUUAAAGCAGUAUAUCUGAAACUUCUGUACUGUAUGUGCAGGGCCGCCAACAUGAGUGUUAUCUUAUUUUAAGCGUGGAAUUACUUUUGUGCAGUUCAGGAAGAUUGGAAAGGCUGUUUACUUCUGCCAAUUUUGUAACUCGAUGAUAAUCUCUUUGCUUGUGAAAAGCACUGUGAAAGGGUAAAAUGAAAGUGAUUGUGGGAAAUAAAACUGGAUACAACCUUGAGCAUCUUGGAAAUGUUCUUAGUGAGACACUUAUAUUGGCUGUUCAUACUGCCUCAAAAUUAAAGAGUGUGUGUCUCAAGGCCAUGUGGGGCUUCUCUGUUCCAUGACAGGAACCACACCCCUCUGGUUAUUCUUGGCAGACCCAGUUAUCUGGGAGCGUGGAGUAAUGAUCAGUGGGGUUGUUUUUAUUCCAAUGAAGAUUUGAUGUUUUGUAAAGAAGAAAUCAGUUGGGGAAAAAAGAGGGAAACAUGUACAUUUCUUCUAGAAUGUUUGGUCUCACACUUCAGUGUAUGGCUUUAUCAAAUGAAAUAAAUUGUAUA